GACUACCUCAGGUUUAAACCUUCCACAGAAGCGUUGUGUUUCAUUCUUUUAUAGCCUGCUCUUUCCCUCAACUCUCCUCUCUUUCUCGCUGUCUCUCUCUCUCUCUCUCUCGUUCUUCCUCUGUGUGUCCUCCUCGUCAUCUUGUCUUCACGACCUCCUCGCUUGACAAGGAAAAGCUCCAUUCUGUCCAUCCUCUACACUCUUGAGUGAGACCAGCUCCUUUGAUUCUACACGUUUUCCUCUUAAGAGAGUCGUAAAAGCAGCCGGAAAAAUGGAGGCGAUCAAGAAGAAAAUGCAGAUGCUGAAGGCGGACAAGGAGAAUGCCUUCGAUCGUGCGGAGCAGUCCGAGACGGACAAGAAGGUCUCAGAGGACAAGUGCAAGCAGUUGGAGGACGAGCUGCUGGCACAGCAGAAGAAACUCAAGGGAACAGAAGAUGAACUGGACAAGUACUCCGAGGCCCUUAAAGAUGCCCAGGAGAAACUGGAUCUGUCUGAGAAGAAGGCCACAGAAGCUGAGGGCGAAGUCGCUGCUCUGAACCGCAGGAUCCAGCUAAUCGAGGAGGAGUUGGACCGAGCCCAAGGGAGACUGAGCACUGCGCUCCAGAAACUGGAAGAAGCAGAGAAAGCAGCUGAUGAAAGCGAGAGAGGUAUGAAGGUGAUUGAGAACCGUGCUAUGAAAGACGAGGAGAAAAUGGAAAUGCAGGAACUACAGCUUAAGGAGGCCAAAACCAUCGCUGAAGAUUCUGAUCGCAAAUACGAGGAGGUGGCUCGUAAGCUGGUGAUCAUAGAGACUGAGCUGGAGAGAGCAGAGGAGAGAGCAGAGGUUUCUGAACUCAAAAAUGGAGAUCUGGAGGAGGAACUUAAAAAUGUAACUAACACCCUGAAGUCCCUUGAAGCCCAGUCGGAGAAGUACUCGGAGAAAGAAGACAAGUACGAGGAAGAGGUCAAUGUUCUCAAUGAGAAACUGAAAGAGGCAGAGACACGUGCUGAGUUUGCAGAGAAAACUGUGUCCAAACUGGAAAAGACUAUUGAUGACCUGGAGGAGAGCCUACGGAACGAAAAAGAGGAGAGCCUGAGGCUGAACCAAGUCUUGGAUCAAACAAUUCACGAACUCAACAGCUUGUGAAUAAGAAAAAAAUGGAAACCAUCACAACAAACAACAUUCCACAUUUGUGUGUGUGUGUGUGUGUGUGUAGGAUUGGGUGUGUUUGUGGUUACGUUUUACUGCUCUAUUGUGUUGCCUGAGUCAUGCUUUUCUAUUUUUAUUCCUCAUCCACCCACACUUUUUCUUUGUUGCCAAAUGACCCAUUAUUAUAUGUUAUAACCCAAAGGUGAUGAAGUUAAUGACUGAUUUGAAAUGCUUUUGAGGAUGUUCACACCUGCCAUGCCUAAUACUCAACCUCCAACUUUAACCAGCAUAUUAUGGGCAUAUUCCACACAUCAACGCAGCCUUGGGGCCCCGUUCCUCCCCUACGCCUGGGACAGCUUCCGGAGUUACAAACCACAUCGAUAAUGUUUCCAGCAUUAAUGUGUCCAUUCUACAUUCCUGUAUUUAUUUAUUUCACAUUCACACCCAUCAGGAGUGUAUGAAACUGCGCUCAGGUUUCAUAAAAGUGGCAUUCAAAGGAAGGAAAACAUUUCUAAAGCAUUAUUCACAAAAUUUACACUCAAACAAUUCAGGUUAUAUUCGAUUAGAUCUACAGAUUUCAUGCGUGAUGUGUUUAGGGGAUUUUUUGUUUGUUUGUUUGUUUGUUUGUUUUACAUUCAAUGGUUAAUAUGAAGUCACUGAAAAGUGUCAAAUUAUUAUUUUUUUCUUUACUUAAAUGCUUUUCUGGAAAUGACGGAUCUGUUUUGUACUUUUUAAACGACAAUAAACUUUUCUCCUUUUGUUCAUUUUCACAAAA